AUGGGGUAUUAUCUCGGUGGAGCUCUUCGGGUCACCCGGGAGCGGAAUAUACUGAGUGAUGUCCCCUGGGUUGUUAUUGGGAGACAAAAAGAUCAGACGCGAUGGAAGAUAGUGAGACCAAGAAGGCCAACUAAUGAGCCCGAGGAUGAAUUACCGAGAGGAGAUGGAAAUUAUGCCAUGGCAAGGGCGUUAAAUAGGAUGACAAAGUUCCUCCAAGAGAAUUUUCGACCACCACAAGGAGAUCAGUAUAGAGCGGUGCAGGCCGGGUGCACCUAUGAGCGCUUCCUAGUGCAUAGGACCCCUGCCUUUACUGGUGAAGAGGAUCCACUACGGGCUAGAAGGUGGAUUGAAGAUCUUGAAAGGACAUUUGAAGUCUGUGGUUGCACAGAGGCUCAAAUGGUGUUGUAUGGGUGUUACUUGCUGCAAGGCAAAGCCGCAAACUGGUGGCAGACUAAGCGACAACUCCUAGAGAUGGAGUUGGGGUCUUUUGCAGCUGUGUCUUGGCAGCGUUUCAAGAAAGAGUUUGAUGAUCGUUUCUUCCCUAUUUCUGCGAGACGGCAGAAGGCACUAGAAUUCAACAGCUUGGAGGGCCUGCGACAUGAGAUACGCAGACAAGUAGCCUAUCAUCAGAUUGUGGAUUUUCAGAGGUUGGUGGAUUUGGCCAUUAUUGCAGAGCAAGAAAAUAAUUUUGCAGUAGGUUCCCCUCCUGGUCACAAGAGGCGGAGUUUUGUUGGUGAGGGGAGUAGUUCUGGAUUGCCGCACAAGUUUGUACAGAGGACUGGGGCCCGUUCGCAGACAAGCUCUGGUGUUCGUGCAGGAGGUCGAGCUCCAGUUUGUAGUAGGUGUAAUAGAGCCCAUGAGGGCGACUGCAGUUAG